UUUCAUUUUGGUCAAACAAACCAAGGAAGCCCUCUGCUCUGCCUCGCACUCGCACACACCGUGCACCACCGGCCGGCCGGGUCGUCUCGUCUCGUCUCCACUGUCCAGCCUCCGCCCCCUGCACCUCGCCAUGUGCUGCCGCCGCCAACGCGGCCCCGACGGGACGCCCGUCGACGGCGGCCGCCGCCGCCGCAGGGGCUGCGGGGCCGUGCUCGCCGUGCUGGCCCUGGCGGCCGCCGCGGUGGUCGCGUUCCUGGAGAGCACGGCCGGCGGGGUCUCGUACACGGGGGACGGCUGGCUGCACGAGUGCGCCAAGUGGGACGCCGAGGGCGGCCGGUUCCUGGCGUCCACCUUCUUCGGCGGCGGCGUGGCGGAGGUGCGCGCCGGCGAGGGCGAGGAGCGGGUGGUCGUGGCGGACCCCGACGCGGCCGGCCGGGUCGCGCUGGGGCUCGCGGUCGACGCGCCCAGGCGCCGCCUGCUCCUGGUGUACUGCGAUCGCCCACCGCGCUUCGGAUACGCCGCGCUCGCCGCCUACGACCUCGGAUCGUGGCGCCGCCUCUUCCUCACACGCCUCGACGUGCCAGGCGAGUCAACGUUCCCCGACGACGUCGCCGCCGACGAGGAAGGCAACGCCUACGUGACCGACGCCAGUGGAAACAAGAUCUGGAAGGUCAGCCCGAGCGGCGUGCUGCUGGGCGUCAUCAAGAACUCCACGUUCGUGCAGCGACCAGGGCUGCGGCACAACCUCGUCGGCCUCAACGGCAUCGUGUACCACCCGAACGGCUACCUCCUCGUCGUCCACACCUUCGGCGGCGACCUCUUCAAGGUCGACCCGAAGACGGAGGCCGUGCACGCCGUCAAGGUGCAGGGGUCGCUGGGCCGAGGGGACGGGAUGGAGCUGCUCUCCCCGACGAGGCUGGUCGUCGCCGGCACGCCGAGUAGCCGGCUGGUGGAGAGCUCCGACGACUGGGAGACCGCGCGCGUCACCGGGCAGUACGUCGGGCCGGUCCACCGGGUCGGGUCGUCGGCGACGGUGAAGGACGGGGACGUGUACAUCAACCACAUUGUCGGGUUUGGGCUCGGCAAGAAGAAGACGCAUGUCCUUGCGAGGGCGGUGUUCUCGCCGUUGGCCGCAGAGAGUUGACGGCGGCCGGCCGGACCCUCCGUCGCGGGAUCACCAAUCGCUUUUUGCUUAAACGGCAGUUCAUAGUUCCACUCAACUCCAUGAGAGUUACAGGCUAUAUAUACGUAUUUCGGUGUGAUUCUGUGAUAUAUAGAUGCUUAUGCUUUUGUAUUGACACGUUGCUCGAAGCUGCACGCUUCUUCUGUUUGAUGCAAGCAAAACAUGUACUACAUGGUUUCGAUCAA